AUGGCAUCCUCAAAGACAGAUAAUAGCUUAGACAUUCCUUCAGUACUUAGUGUUCAGGAGCUCAUCAAAGAGCCCAUAAUUUCAGUCCCACAGCAAUAUGUUCAUUUGGAUCAACAAAAACCAACGUUUUCUGCCUGCACUGAUCCCCUUCCAACUCUUCCCACAGUUGACUUGAACCUGUUGGUCUCGUUGGAUACCACAAAUUUGGAGCUAGAAAAGUUGCACUCCACUUGCAAAGAAUGGGGUUUCUUUCAGUCAAAGAGAUUGUUUAUACAGUUGGUGAACCAUGGAGUUAGCUCAUCACUGAUGGACAAGCUGAAACAUGAGAUUGAAGAGUUUUAUAAUCUUCCCUUAGAAGAAAAGAUGAAAUACGUGGUAAGGCCUGAUGAUUUUCAAGGGUAUGGCAAGGCCAGAUUAGAGCAAAAACUUGACUGGGGUGAUAGGUUCUAUAUGAUUACCAAUCCAAUUCAACACAGGAAGCCACACCUUUUCCCAGAGCUCCCACCAUCACUCAGGGAUACCUUGGAAUUUUACCUGCAGGAAUUGCAAAGACUUGCCAUGAAACUGCUUGGAUUUAUAGCAGAAGCUCUAAAAAUGGACUCGAAAGAGAUUGAAGAGAUGUUUGAUGAUGGGAUGCAAUCGGUGAGGAUGACAUACUAUCCUCCAUGCCCACAGCCAGAACUUGUUAUAGGCCUUAGACCUCACUCAGAUGCAACUGGCAUCACCAUCCUUAACCAACUCAAUGGUAUAGAUGGUCUUCAGGUUAAAAAGGAUGGGGUUUGGAUUCCUGUGAAAUUCAUCCCAGAUGCUCUUGUAGUGAAUGUAGGAGACAUUCUGGAGAUUCUGAGCAACGGCGUCUAUAACAGCGUUGAGCACAGGGCUACGAUAAAUUCUGAGAAAGAAAGGAUUUCAAUUGCAUUUUUUGUCAAUCCUAAAUUUGAGGCGGAGAUCGGUCCUUCGACUAGUUUAAUCAGCCCACAAAAUCCGCCGUCAUUUAGAAGGAUACGGAUGGAAAAAUAUGUUAAAGAUUUCUUCUCCCGUGAGCUUGAUUCGAAAUCGUUCUUGGAGCUCCUGAAAAUUGAAAGCACAGAAGGGGCCGCGGUGCUUGAUGGCAAUUGA